AUGGCAGAACAAAUUGCAAAUGAAGAAGAAAAGAUCACAAGAAAGAGACGUGGGGUCGAUGAGGGGUCUAGUAGUGGUGUGGUGCAAAAACGAAUCAAACAGAACGAAGAAGAGAGCGAAGACGAUAGUGAAACCACCGAAGUUGACGUGUGGGAGCAAUGGAAGAAAUUCCUUGAUAACCCACAAAAUACAAAUCAUUUGAUGCAACUAAGUCCAGAGAAGCACAAAAUCAUCUGGUGUGGAAAGACUGUUCGCCGUAGAAGCCCUUUACCUCAAGAUCUGUAUAAUAGGCUCCAAAAGGAAGUGCCGCUCAUUACUUGUCAUAAAAUUAGCUCAUACUUUGUCGAUGUAACAAAAAAAAUUCAAGAUUCGAAGUCGUAUUGCAUAAUGGGAGAAGCACUUUCAGAGCUUCAAUCGAUGUCUCCAAUUGACAAGUUGCUGAUGCCUGAAAAAAAGUUUAUUUCGAACAUGUGCGACAAUUUAUGA